CGUGACCCCAAAUAGCUCUAGCUUGCUAAUGCAAGAGGAAGCUCGAUCUACAGAAUUUUGCUGCAAACGACAUUAAAACCGACGGAAGAAAUACGGAUAUAGGCGAUAAGACGGCAGGAGGUUUACCUGCGCCCCUUGGAGGUCUUCGCAAUGGCGACGGACAUACUAAUGGACAUGAUGCCGCCUUCCCGGCCUGCCCUAGCCUCACCACCUGUAUCCCAGGAUCUAAUUCCUAGCCAGGUGCCUGUGUUGGCUGAUCAACCUGACACAGAAAUGUCCUUGGAUCCAAGUCCUGCCACAAAGCUUCAGCUUGCAGACCUAGAUGUGGCCAAUGGCAUGCCCGGCCAUGUUCCUGGCCUGCCUCCCGGUUUCGAGCUACCCCAGGUUGAUCUUCCACCCCCAACACCGCUGUCUUGCACUAAGAACCCCAACUGCAAGAUCAUGACCUUUCGUCCUACCAUGGAGGAAUUUAAAGAUUUCGCUAAGUACGUUGUCUACAUGGAGAGUCAAGGAGCUCAUCGUGCUGGUCUGGCCAAGGUGAUUCCGCCAGAGGGUUGGAAACCACGAAAAUGCUACGACAGCAUUGAGGAAAUGGUGAUCCCGGCUCCCAUCAUGCAAGUGGUGACUGGUCAGUCAGGCCUUUUUACCCAGUACAACAUCCAGAAGAAGUCUAUGACUGUGAGCGAGUACCGCAAGCUGGCCAACAGCAAAAAGUACUGCACACCUCGCCACAAAGACUUUGAUGAUCUAGAGAGGAAGUACUGGAAGAACCUGACUUUUGUUUCACCCAUUUACGGAGCAGAUGUUAGUGGCUCUAUCUAUGAUGAGGAAAUUACAGAGUGGAACAUUGGCCACCUGAACACACUACUCGAUAUGGUGGAGCAGGAGUGUGGAAUCGUCAUAGAGGGUGUCAACACUCCCUACCUGUACUUUGGGAUGUGGAAGACCACCUUUGCCUGGCACACUGAGGACAUGGAUCUCUACAGCAUUAACUACCUGCAUUUUGGGCAGUCCAAGUCUUGGUAUGCUAUUCCGCCAGAACAUGGUAAGAGGCUGGAGAGACUAGCACAAGGCUUCUUCCCUGGUAGUUCCCAGGGGUGUGAUGCCUUUCUUCGCCACAAGAUGACUUUGAUAUCCCCAUCCAUCCUGAAGAAAUAUGGCAUUCCCUUUGACAGGGUUACUCAAAAUGAAGGGGAAUUCAUGGUAACCUUUCCUUAUGGCUACCACGCUGGCUUCAAUCAUGGCUUCAACUGUGCAGAAUCAACAAACUUUGCCACUCUGCGCUGGGUCGACUACGGCAAAAUGGCUACUCAGUGCUCUUGCCGUAAGGAUAUGGUCAAGAUUUCCAUGGAUGUUUUUGUGCGCUGCCUCCAGCCGGAUCGGUACAACAUGUGGAAACAGGGCAAAGACCUCAUAGUGUUGGACCACUGUAAGGUCACUGAGCUGAAUAGCCCAGAACUGGAGGGCUGGAGACAGCAACGCGUCACAUUCAGAGCCAACCUCUUGCGGAAGGCCAUGCAGAAAAUGAAACAGUUCCGCCGUCUUAAGUUGGAUGAGGUAAAGGUACUUGCGGAAGAGGGCAUCGAGUUGAAUGCUGUUGAGUACCAACGUCAGGUGGAAGAGCGGGAAGCCCAGCGAAGGCAAGAACGAGAGGAGCGUCUUGCCAGAGAGGCUAUGUUGACCCUUGAGGCCAUGGAGCUCAAAGAAAUGCAGGAUGCAGAAGCUGCUUCAAGAGCAGCUCAAACUUUAGCACUAGAGGACCCUGAGGCACCGAACCUGACUGACAAUGUGACAGAGGAUGUAGAAACUAAGAUGCAUAUAAAACAGAAGGAUAUUGCCAUGACUGGAUUUGAAGCAGCAUUUGAACAAUUUGCUGCAUCUUCCAUGAAAAAUUCAAAGUCUGCCUCGUCAGAUCAAACCGAGGAGAAGAAGCCUGUAGACGUGAAACCGAUAAAACCAGUUGACAUCCCAGCAGACAACAAACUGGAAGCAAAUUGCACCAUGGCAAGCUACACCAAGAUGAAGAUGCCAACAGAAGUUAAGAAGAGUCGUCGUCACCCCCUCACCAAGCCACCGACCCGGUCUCCUUUGUCUGUGGUGAAGCAGGAUCCGACUGGUGCUAUAGAGGUUACCUCACCCAUGGCGCUGGAAAGCAGCAUGAAGAAACAGGAGCACCUGUGGCAGAAUCGCUCACCCAACUUCCUGGCAGAGAAGGCCUUUAAUGCCGCUGUGGCAGUACUCCAGCCACAUUGUGCUGUCUGCUCCCUCUUCUGUCCCUACACAAAGCCACAACACGUACCCUUGAAUGCAAAUGAUCGCCAGCGCGUUUCUGUCCCCCGUCAUGGAAAUCGAACUCGCCCAAUCGUCCCAGAGAUGUGCUUUAGUGCCAGGGCGAGCAGUACUGAGCCUCCCCCCACUAGCCGUUACAUUGGGGAAGAUGGAACCAGCGUGUUAUUAUGUUGCUCUUCCUGCAAGAUGCAAGUUCAUGCCAGUUGUUUUGGUGUCGAUCCGGAGACAAUUGAAGGGUCAUGGACAUGCUCCAGAUGUGUGGCAGGUGCCUGGACAGUGGAGUGUUGCCUCUGCAACUUGCGGGGAGGAGCGCUGAAGAUUACUGGAGACAACCGGUGGGUCCAUAUUAUCUGCGCCAUUGCGGUGGCUGAAGCACGCUUCAUCAAUGCUAUUGAGAGGGAGCCAGUGGAUGUCAGUGCUGUUCCGGAAACGCGCAAAAAUCUGGUGUGCGUGUUCUGCCACAGAAACACUGCCAAUAAGAACCGCGGUGCGUGCAUCCAGUGCUCCAAUGAGAACUGCACAACAUCUUUCCACGUUACCUGCGGCCAAAUUGCUGGCGUUCACAUGGCCCCAGCCGACUGGCCCUAUGUGGUGUCCGUCACCUGCCACAGACAUAAAAAGACUCCUAAGCCUCAGCCUCAGCCUCAGCCUCAGCCUCAGCCUCAGCCUCGGAUGCCAGCCAAAAUACCCAAAACGCAGCAGGGUCCGACCCUGGGUCAGAUGGUCAUUGGCCGCAACACCGACAGCUGGUAUUACCAUUGUAACAUAAUCGGCAUGGCAACGCAAACAUUCUACGAGGUCAACUUUAAUGACGGUGCAUACUGUGACAACCUGUAUCCAGAAAACAUCAUCAGUCACGACUGUUUGCGUAGUGGUCCUCCACCCGCGGGGGAGUCGAUCGUGGUCAGAACUCAGGAUUGUCAGGACCGCAAUGCUAACUUUGUCAAAGUCCACAUCCACAAACUCUACCAGGUUGAGUUUCAGGACAAGAGUCAACAGCUGUUGAAACAUUCAGAGAUUCAUCUGAUGGAACAGGAAUUGCCCAAGAGAGUCCGGACCCGUCUUGCGAUACCAAUGUCCCAGGAGAACACUUCCUCAGCAGACGGAGCUGGAGCGGCCAAACGUCGCUGCCUGCCCACCCCCUCCGCCCCACGCAAGGCGGCCCCCGUGCAGACGACACCCGUCCGCAUCGCCCCCACCCCCAUGGAGACGGCGCCCGCCCCGCAGAAGCCCCCGCCACCACAACCUAACAGUAUUGCCAAACUGCCAGCCUCACAACUCCUAAGCCACCUCAGCGUGGCGUCCACCGCGAACGGCGCCCCCACCAGCGUGAUUCAGGAGCUUCUCAAUGCUCCCAUGGACACGAGCAGGGCCUUGCCUACCCCUCUGACGGACUCCAGCAUGGCCUCAGACCCCACAUUAACUCUGAAUCCCAUCUCUUUCCAGUGCCAGUUGAACUCUGACCCCCUUUUGUCCGCGUUGUCCCCGCCGCCAUCCCUGACCCCGCGGCACAUUUCCGACAGCUACACGCCGAGCAGCGGCUACGUCUCCUACAUGGAGACCCUCCUGCAUUCACAUUUCCCCCAGGACGAGGGCCCCGGGACUCUGUUUUAGGCCGCCAUGUUUCCAGCCAGCACCAAGGGGAGGGACGCUAACGGCGGUGAGUGCUGCAUUAACGGACACAAACAUGUUGCAUCGUCCCUCAAAGCUCAGUGCUCCAAAAAGACAUGAAAGCACUACUUUUUAAAUGCAUGUUUCUUUUUUUUUUUGAGUUGAUGUGAUUGAAUUGUAGCUUUAGCUCGCUCUGAAGCACACAUUUUCUAUUUCUUUCCCAACAUUAUUGUUGUCCUUUGUAUUUUUCAGCAGGUUUUAUUUUGGUUCCCUGCAGUGCUUUUCUUUCCCAUCUUAUUAUUAAUAUCUCUGGGUGGUAUCAACUCUGUACCUCGUUGCAUUUAUUCGACAAUGGCACGUUUUUUUGGGGGUGGGUCAAGCAAGCGAGUCUCUUACUGUCCCGCUGUAGAGGACAUCUUUCUUUUGUAAGACAAAGCAACCAGCAACAAAUAGAUCUAUUUUUCAGUCUAGCCAAGUCACACAUAUGUUGUCCAUCUACUGUAAAGUGUUUUUUGUUUGCAGGAAAUGGGGGCACUGGGGUUGAAAUGUAUUGUGGGUAUUCUUAGUAUUUAAAUGUCUUCGAUAUUUAAGGAAUGGUGAUAGAAGAAGCAUAUCCAAUGCAAACAGUACGAGUCCACGCGAUGCGUCGCGUUAUUGUGAAGGCUAUAGCAGGCCUCCAACGUAUUGAAUGGUCGUUAGGCCACUCCCACUUUUCCACUUGCAAAUCUUGUCUCAGGGUUCCUACAUCCACAAGAACAACUUUGGCGUAACUCGCUUGCUUUUGAUCGGAGCAGGAAUUGUUUGCUCCGGUUUAGAUGUAACAUAUUUCUCCUGUUAGCUCAAACGAUUCAACAUAGGAACCCGGAAGUGUGAAAUAUUGUUAAACAUUUCUCUUGUAGCUUUUUCCUAGUCCAUGAAGUCCACACAAACUUGGCCAUUUUAAAUACUAAUGAUUUUUUUUUACAGGUUUACCUUGGAUGAUCACUCAAUUUGUAUGGAUUAUUAAUCUGUAUUUUGGUUUUCUAUGGCCAUUUUGAUCUCCGACUACUGAUGGACUCACCUUCUCCUUGUCACUUUGUACAUAGCAUCAAGUCAUUAGUGUGUAUUGUGAUUUAAAUCUCUAAAUGUCAAACCCCCCACCCACAGAUGUUGGAAAAAGUGGUUUUGUGUCUAAAGUAAUAACCUUGAAAAAAAAAAUGUCAUAGAAAUUAAAGUGGCUUGCUAGUCGCCA